AUGGGGUCCCCGAAGGCGGCCAGGAGCAAGGCGGGCCAGGGCGGCAUCUGGCGCCGCAGGGUCAGCGCGCCCUUCGUCGUCGUCCUGGUGGCGGCCGUCCUCGUCCUCGUCGCCUUCACCGGCCAGUUCGUGCAGGGCCCCGACGCUUCCUCGCGAUUCACCCCGGUACAUGUGGAGGACAGCAUACCUCGGAGAGUUCCCACAGAUCAAGGCUUGGAAACGUCGGAUUCGUCAAGGCAAGAAGGGGAGGGGAGUGACCAAAAAGCUGAGCCUGACGAAUCUCCCGACGAGGCAAUCAGAGAGCAGCAACAGGCUCCAGAGGAUACCACCACCGAGUAUUCGGGGAAGGAAUCUGGCCCGCAAGUUCAGGAAGAUGAAGAGGUCACAGUGAAAGAAGCAGGUUCAGCACCAUACACCAAGUGCACACCUCCAUCCAGCACGACGGUCUGUGACCUUUCCAACCUGCGCUUUGACAUAUGUGAGCUGUGCGGCGAUGCUCGCACCAUUGGUCAGUCGUCCACUGUCAUGUAUGUCCCGCACACACAAACUUCCGAUGGUGAAGAGUGGAGUAUCCGAGCUCAGUCCCGAAAGAACCUUCCCUGGAUCAAGAAGGUGACCGUCAAAUCUCUGAAUACCUCGCAACCAGCGCCAAGAUGCACCUCCAAGCAUGCCAUGCCAGCCAUUGUAUUUGCCCUUGGUGGGCUCACAGCAAACAUCUGGCAUGACUUCAGUGAUGUCCUGGUUCCACUGUUCCUCACCGCCCGCGAGUUCAAUGGGGAUGUUCAGUUCCUCAUCACCAACAAUCAGCCGUGGUUCACCAAGAAGUACUCGACAAUCCUGAGCAACCUCACACGACACGCCAUCAUCGACUUUGACUCGGACAACCAGGUCAGGUGUUACCCGCAUGUCAUUGUCGGUCUAAGGAGCCACGGAGACCUCGGCAUCUAUCCAAACCGGUCACCGCAGAACUACACGAUGAUGGACUUCCGUCUGUUUGUCCGGCAAGCCUACGGUCUGGCGGCACCUGAAGUGGGCAUACCCUACAGGGCUGACAGAGACGACCCUGACAAGAAGCCCCGGGUGAUGCUCAUCGACCGGGGCAAGACCCGAAGGUUUGUGAACGCAGCAUAUGUUGUCCAAGGCCUGGAGUGGUUCGGGUUUGAGGUGGUCAAGGUCGACCAGAACAAGACUGACUCCAGCAGCCUCGACGAGUUCGCCCAGCUCGUCGACUCGUGCGACGCGAUCAUGGGUGCGCACGGUGCGGGCCUGACGAACAUGGUGUUCCUGCGGUCAGGGGGUGUGGUUGUGCACGUCGUGCCGCACGGAGUCGAGUUCAUGGCCGACGCGUUUUACGGUGCGCCGGCAAGGGACAUGGGCCUAAGACAUGUGAACUACAGCAUCAGCCCGGAGGAGAGCACGCUGCUGGAGAAGUAUGGGUGGAACCAUACCGUGAUCAAGGAUCCUGAGGCUGUUAGGAGCAGUGGUGGGUUGGAGAAGGUUGGGGAGGUCUACAUGUCUGAGCAGGACAUCGUGCUCAACAUGACCAGGUUUGGGCCUAUCUUGCUGAAGGCGAUAGAUUUCAUCAUGUAGGUGCAUUGAGGUUUUUGAGGUUAGAUUUUUUUUUUGGUUAGCUACGAUAUUUUUACAGUUUUUACUAGAAAAAUAACUUUACACUUAAAUUGUUUUUUGGGAGAUAGUGAUCAUUGUUGUUCUGGAGCUCUGUUGUAUAGGAUUGGAUGUGUAAGAUUUGAAAUCACGAUGU